CGCGAGCGGUCGACAGCUUCGCCCGCGCCGAGAAACAAGAGAAAGUCAGUAAUUAGCCAUUUUGGCUCGAGGCGCGGGCGCACGCCGCGGGGCCGCGGGAGCACCUGGCGCGGGGAGGCCCCCCCCCCCCAGGGCCCAUGGCGAGCACGGCCUCGGCCUCGGCGCCCGCGGCGAUGCGGCCCUUCCAGCUGGACCUGCAGCGGGAGGUGGACGUCAUGCAGGCGGUCUACGCGCAGGAGCGGCGCCAGCUGGAGGGCCUGCUGCGGCAGCUGGAGGAGGAGGCGCGCCAGGUGGUGCGCAGCGCGCCGCGGGAGGAGGAGGAGGAGGCGCCGACGGCCUGCGCGGCGAGCGCGGUCCCGCUCGCGCGGCGGGUGCGCUGGCGCCUGCAGGAGGGCGCCCCGGCGCAGCCCUGGGCGCCCCGCGAGGUGGGCCUGGGCCUCGGCGUGCGGACGGCCUUCGACCUGCCGGAGUGCCCCGGCGCCCGGCUCUGCCUCGCGCUCGGGCCCGCCGAGGCUACGGGAGACGCCGCCCUGGGCGGCUCCGACGGCGCGGGGGCGCCGCCCCCGCGCUACCGAUUGGCGCUGGAGGUCUCCGGCGAGGGCGCCGCGGGGCUCCUCCUGGGCGCCUCGCUGUGGCUGGAGGUCGACGGCGAGGGCCUGCCGCCCGCCUCGGCGGAGCUGCUGGGCGCCAGCGAGCUGGUGUGCGAGGGCGCGUGGCCCGCGGCCUGGCUGAGCGGCGGGCCGCCGGCGGGCGCGGUGCUCACGUGCUGCGCCGAGCUGGAACCGCGCGGGCACGAGCCCCCGGCGCUCCAGCUGGAGUCGGCGUGGCCGGGCGCUGGCGGGGCCGCCGAGGAGGCCCCUGGGCAGUGGGUCCUGCAGCGGGGCGGCGGCGGAGCGGAGGGCGCUUUGGGCUGAGCUGCCGGCGCGACACGCCGCGGGGCAGAAAAAAAGA